UAGUAAACCGAACAUAAUUUCACUUUGUUUUUAUUCUACUCGUUAAUAGAGGAGUGUGCUUUGUUGUGCAAUACUAGGAUUUUAUCAGUAAUCGUUUACUAUUUUAUCACUGGCAUCUUCAAAGUUGCAUCAUUCAGCGCUGCGCUAUGGAGUCAACAAUAAGCGAAAUCGGCGGAAAUUCAACCUUAUGGGGAUUCGAUCUGUUUUGGGACAACCCUUUCUCGAGUGUGACAUACUGUUUCCACUACACGCUCCUGACAUGGAUACCGUGCGCGGUCAUCUGGUGCUAUGUUGCCAUGGUUGCGCGAACCUGGCAUGCUUCCGGUUCCGGUUCCCUGCCGUCUGUGCCUCUGUCAGGUCUUAGCUUGACAAAGUCUAUUUUGGCGUUUGUUUUAUGCUGUCUGAGCCUUGUAGAGAUGCUACAUACACAUGAGAACUCGCAAACAGAUGAAACCGACAGUCCGUCGUUUUACGCGGCCUGUAUGAUCAAGGCGGCAACAUACUUGUUGGUGUCUUUCUUUGUGCAAAUUGCCCGUAUACACGGUGUGACGUUCUCCAGAGCGAUGGUUAACUUCUGGCUUCUUUCUGCCAUCGUCGGCCUUGCUACCAUUUACAAACGCAUCAUAGAAGAGGACAUGAAUGGUUCCCAGUUUAAGCUCGAGUGCCUCGCUGUGGCGACGAUCAUGUUGGAAGUGUUGCUGUCUUCUAUAGCGGAAUCGGCACAGACUAAAGAGAAAGAGCCCGUUGAUAAAAAACAGUGCCCAGAAGUUCGAGCGUCGUUAAUCUCCAGGAUCUUUCUUUUGUGGGUGAACCAAGUGAUCACUGGUGUGUAUAAGAAUGGCAUUAAAGAGGACGAGUUAUGGGACUUGAAUCCGCGAGAUCAGGCCGAUUCAUUCGUACCAGCCUUCCAAAAAUACUGGGGGAAAGAAAUUGAACUGUUCAAAAUAAGACAAGCAAAAGCCAAGACCACGAAAGACAACGAGGACGAAGUCAGCCUUAUUUCUAAGGAAGAUAAAGAGCACACAAAGAAACCAAAAGAUAAAAAGGAAAAAGAGAAGAAGAACGUAAUGGAAAGUGAUGAAAAGAAAGACGGACCUUCCCUUCUGAAAGCCAUUGUUAAGACAUUUGGCAGAGGAUUUCUAUAUGGAUGGGCGUGCAAAUUGGCGUUUGACGUUUUCCGGCUUAUGGAGCCAAUGGUCUUGAAGUCUAUGAUUGCUUAUGUUGAGAAAAGAUCUGGGGAGGCGUCAUACGGUUACGGCCUGGCUCUUCUUCUCUUCCUAUUGGGCUGUUUGACCAACCUGUUAAUUCAUCACUGCAUUCGGCUGUGUAUUGUCUCCAGCUUAAGACUAAAAUCCGGCCUCAUCGCCAUGGUUUAUAGAAAAGCUUUAUCAAUGAACAACGAAGCCCGAAAAGCAUCCACAGUUGGAGAGAUCGUGAACAUAAUGUCAGUGGACUGUGACCGCAUCGCGGGAAUCUCUAGCUGGAUCUGGUUUUUAUGGUCUGUCCCAUUUUCCGUGACGGGUACCAUGGUGCUUCUGUGGCACGUGGUGGGCCCCGCGGUUUUGCCAAGUAUUGGUAUCUACGCGCUCUUCAUGUGGUUCAAUGCGUAUGUUGCAAAGAAGAACAGACAGUACGAAAAAGAGAAGAUGGAACAAAAAGAUGCCAGGAUUAAACUGAUGAACGAUAUCUUGAAUGGCAUUAAAGUUCUGAAGCUCUAUGCCUGGGAGGCCUCUUUCCAGAAGCAAAUAGAAGAACUCCGAGCUAAAGAAAGUGAGGCUCAGAGGAAGAACCACAUGAUUGGAAUCAUGCACAAUUUAAUGUGGUUCACCGUCCCUAUGUUGUGUACUGGUUCGGUAUUUGGUACUUUCAUCUUGAUGAACCCUUCAUCACUGCUCGAUGCUCAGAAAAUAUUUGUCACCAUUUCAUUGCUGAACAUUUUGCAAGGAGAAAUCAACAUCUUGCCACACAUCGUGUCUCACAUUUCUGAGGCUACCGUGUCCAUUGGACGAAUAAGCAAGUUCCUUCAGAAUCCUGAUAUCGACCCGAAAAAUGUUCAGCGGGACAACAGCACUGACAAGGCAGUCUCGAUCAAAAGUGGCACAUUUUCUUGGAACGAAAAAGGAAAUCCAACUCUCAAAGAUAUCAACUUGGACAUAGAAGCUGGCGGACUCAUUGCGGUGGUCGGCCAGGUCGGGUCGGGAAAAUCUUCUUUAAUAUCCGCUCUGCUUGGAGAAAUGGAGAAGAUCAAUGGCGAUGUUAAUGUGAAUGGUUCGGUUGCUUAUGUGCCACAACAAGCUUGGAUACAAAAUGCAUCGGCGCGUGAUAACAUUCUCUUCUGUAGCCCGUCUGACAGGACAAAAUACAAGAAAGUUGUCGAUGGAUGCGCUUUGACUUCCGACUUUGAAAUUUUCAAAGCAGGCGAUUUGACUGAGAUCGGCGAAAAGGGUAUUAAUCUGUCUGGUGGACAGAAACAGCGCAUCAGUCUUGCCCGCGCCGUUUAUAACAACGCCGACGUCUACCUUUUGGAUGAUCCUCUCAGUGCAGUUGACUCGCAUGUCGGAAAACACAUUUUUAAUGAGGUCAUCGGAUCGGAGGGGCUCUUGAGAAAUAAGACUAGAAUUCUUGUCACUCACGGAGUUCAUUGGUUGCCAAAGGUUGAUAAAAUCGUGGUUCUGGUAAAUGGUCAAAUCUCUGAAAUGGGUUCUUACGAACAAUUGCUGAACCAUGACGGUGCAUUUGCAAAAUUCCUAAAAGCGUUCGUAACAACUGAGAGUUCUGACGAAGACAGUGAUAAAGAAGUUCAAACCAUGAAAAAUGAAGUAUAUCAACGGUUGGAAUCAGUGACAUCGAACGAUGGCGAUUCUGUAUCAACGAAUAGAAAGAAACACUUCAAACGGACCAGGUCUGUCAUAGAUAAUGAUGAACUACUGGCCACCAAGCCGACGUUUAAGGGAGACGAGGAUGAACAUAUACCGUCUAGACCAUUUAACAGGAGAUUUUCCAAGUUGGAAAGAAGUAUUUCCAAUUACGACAUCAUUGACAGCGAGCUUUGGGAUGAAUCUGAAGACUUUGAAAAGAAGGCAAAUCUUGUGGAGGACGAGACUCAGGAAACAGGAAAAGUGUCCUGGAAAGUUUAUUUGAGCUUCCUGAGAGCGUUUGGUGUUGUAUUCACGGGGAUAUUUCUUGUUUUGAUGUUGAUGGUUCGAACCGGGGAAGCCGCUUCUAACCUCUUCCUUAUGCAAUGGUCCGAUGAUGAAUUUUUAACAAAUACAUCUAACGCCAAUACGACAGAGUACAGUCACAGAAAUUACAUGUACCUUGGCCUCUACAGUGUAUCAGGAAUGUUCAGAGGUUUGAUGGUAUCUAGUGUCAGCUUUGUGAUGGCAAUCGGAAGUAUUCGGGCGGCCAGAAUAAUGCAUGAGAAACUUCUCGACAACGUUCUUAAACUCCCCAUGUCUUUCUUUGACACGACUCCAAUAGGACGGAUUGUGAAUCGGUUCUCUAAGGACGUAGAGGCAAUGGAUCAUGUGGCGGGCAGAAUUCGUGGAUUCAGUGCUUCAAUUCUUUGUGUUAUCUACAACGUCGUUAUUAUCUCUUACAACCUUCCCGCCUUUGGCUUUGUCAUUGGCCUUCUCGCCAUUCCCUUCAUUGUUAUGCUGAGAGUAUUCGUGCCUACAUCCAGACAGCUACAGCGUCUCGAGUCCGCCACUAAAUCGCCCAUAUUCAGCCAUUUCUCAGAAACACUUGCAGGGACCAGCACGAUCAGAGGAUAUUGCUUGGAAAAGAGAUUUAUUCAAGACUCACAAAAAAGCGUUGAUAAACAUAUUUCCUUUAACUUCGCAAGAGAACAUGUCAACUGGUGGUUAGCAACCAAGAUGGACUUUUUUGGAGAUUUGAUGUUGCUGUCGGCCUGUAUAUUCGCAGUUUCCGCUGGGAACUUUACUGGAGGGUUAGUCGGCUUCAUCAUAAACUACACUAUGAUGGUUACUGGAUCUCUUAAAGGCAUAAUCUGGGCAACGGGUGAACUUGAAACUCAAGCCGUGUCUAUUGAGAGAAUUGUCGAGUAUACAAACCAAAAGAGAGAGGCUGAUUUGAUCGUGGAGUCGAACCGUCCGCCCACUGGAUGGCCUCACACUGGGAAUGUGACAUUCAAGCAUUUUUCAACCCGCUACCGUGAUGGUUUGGACCUCGUUGUAAAAGGAAUCAGUUGCCAAAUCAAGGGAGGAGAAAGGGUCGGGAUAGUCGGACGAACUGGAGCUGGCAAGUCGUCCCUUAUGGUUUCAAUCUUUCGACUCAUCGAGGCCGCCGGUGGCGACAUAGAGAUCGACGGUGUUAACCUAUCAGAGAUCGGUCUCCAUGACCUUCGCUCAAAUCUGACCAUUCUCCCACAGGACCCUGUGUUGUUUUGCGGAACUCUACGCAUGAACCUGGAUCCAUUCGACCACUAUACGGAAGAGCAGAUAUGGACGGCGCUCGAGCACUCGCACCUUCACAAGUUUGUCAGCGGCCUUGAGGACGGACUGAAACACGAGUGUGGAGAAGGCGGCCAAAACUUGAGUGUUGGACAACGACAGAUGGUGUGUCUAACUCGCUCCCUUCUCCGGAAGUCGAAGGUUCUCGUGCUGGACGAGGCCACAGCCGCCGUUGAUAUGGAAACAGAUGAGCUCAUCCAGAGAACCAUCCGCGAGGAAUUUAAAGGGUGCACAAUCCUCACCAUAGCCCACCGUCUCAACACCAUUAUGGAUUAUGAUAAAAUUAUGGUUCUGGACAAAGGAUUAAUCAAAGAGUUCGACAGUCCAAAGAACCUGCUGGCAGAUUCAACAUCAACAUUCUACGGAAUGGCAAAGGACUCCAACCUUGUUUGAUUUCAAAAGUACAUUGAAAAAACUGAUAUUGUGAUUUAUAUUAAAUCUAGUUUGUAUUAAAGUGGUAUCUGUAUAUAUGGGCAUAUUUUACACUUAAGUCUUUUGUUAUUUUAUCUGUGGUAUUCUUACGAAGUUUAAAUUCUAGUCUUCCAUGUUGCAAAUGAAUAUUAUUUUUGACCUCUUUUUAUGACGAUGUAAUUGAAUAAUUUAUCAUUGUUUUCUCAAAUGCAUCUUACAUUAAUGUGUUAUGUGUGGUUUACCGUAUUAUGUAUUGCAUAUAUUGUUUUAUUGUAUUAAGUGUAUUAUUGCUGAUACAAAUGUAUUCAUAUAGAUGUGUAAUUUGUUAUUGAAAUACGUUUUUGUUAUAUUUAUCCCAUAACGGUUCAUCUUAAAUGUUUACUAUAAAC